AUGCCGGCAACCCUGAACGGCUUGAAGAAGCUGUGGAGUGCCGUCAAGGGCCGUAAGGCCAGCAUCUUGCACCCCCUCACAGUGGAGAAGCUAAAGGGCAAGAAGAAGACCGUGGGUCUGGCCCAGGGAUUCAACGACAUCUACCCGUAUGAUACCCCAGAACCACCGCGCGAUAGCUCCUCGUUGUCUGGAGUCACAACCUGGGGGGAGGAGAAUGACGAAGGGGAGUUGCGCGAGCGCCCAUGGGUAGCCCCAGCCCUGACAGCUGGGGACGACGCCGUUGCUCGCUUGCCAGUGCUUGUAGGAAUUGACCCUGCAGUGCUGCAAAGCCUCGGCGGCCGUCCUCAGCGCUCGCCAACUCGGCCGAUGGAGUCACCAUACCCCUUCGGGCUGGUUACUAUCCUGGAGGGCUCAGUCUCAUAA